AUGAAGCCUGCAAAACCUGACUCAACAACAAUGGACCCCCAAACCUUCAUCCCCCCAACGAUGCGAGCCCUCUUCUACACAAAAGACGGCGGCAUAGCCUUCGACAUGGACUAUCCAACCCCCAAACCAUCCCCGGCACAGUACCUAAUCCAAGUACAAACAGCAGCCAUCGACGGUGAUCUCGAUCUCCAACUCUCGUCAUCGUCAUCUUCCCCGACGAGCCCUAAAGCCUCAUUAACCACAUCGACAGCGACAACGACAACCCCCAAAAUCCCACCAGUACAUAGUCUCUGUGGAACCGUUAUCUCCACCCCAGCUCAGGAUCACUGGAACCAGCACGGUCCCCGGUUCAAGAUUGGCGAUGAAGUCUACGGGCUUGUUCGUGAGCGUUUAUCACAGAUGGAUGACAGCGAUAGUUCUGCUGCUGCUGCGGCAGAUUAUGUCCUCGUGACGGAAGAUGAAUUGGCAUUUAAACCGAAGAAUAUAACCGCCGCCGAGGCGGCAUGUAUUCCCCUUCCGGGGUUGAUGGCGUGGCAGGCUCUUUUUAGCAAGGAAUAUGGAGGGGGUCUUGAUCUUGAACAACCUUCAUCGUUCGCAAGUGGUGGUCGUGGUGGAUUGAGGGUACUCGUUACCAGUGCGAUUGAGAGCGAAGUAGGGAUUCAUUGUCUGCAUUUGUUAAGAUCGUCUGCGCUCUCCCCUCCCAGCGUGACAGAGACGGGAACAGACACAAUCUGGAUCUGCGCAACCUGCUCCAACGAAGAACAGAAGCAAGAACUCCUCCAAAACAAAAACAAUCAAGUAAACGUCAAAGUCAACGAGGUAAUCGUGGUAACCCCCCGCUCCACCAGAGACGGGGCCAAAAACGAAGAUUUCGACCUAACAGCCUCCUUCCAAGAGCGUGGUUUGGAACCCGUCGAUCUCGUCCUGGAUUGUACCCGUCCCGCCGACGGAGGGGGGAAAGGGGAACUAUACAGACAGGCUCAUUCGCCUGCUGUCUUGCGGGAUGGAGGGGUCGUUCUCAGUGUUGGUGGGGGGGUUCCGUAUACGGCUUCUCUUGCUGUUUCUCAGAGUCAGAUCAGGUCUGGGUCUCGGUCUUUGGGUUGUGAUCAUGGUCAUGAUCCUGGCCAUGUGCAUCCGCAUGCACAUGGACAUGGGCUUUCCAUCCGCCCUGAUUCAAUCCAGCGGGAUCUGAAGAGUGAGUUUAUCCAUGUACAGCCUGAUGGGGAUGCAUUGGGUCGUAUUACCAGGCUUGUGGAGGAGAGGUCUGUUCGAGGACGGGUACGCCGAGUGGUGGAUUUGUGGGCUGGAGCGGAUGCGUUGGAGAUUGCUGAAGGUAAUGUUGCUGAUGCUGGUGAGAGCGAGCGAGAUAAGAUGAGAAAAGGGAGAAAUAGGGGGAUGGUCGUGCUUAGGGUAAAUUAUUGA